AUGGCUGAAUUAUCUUCCAUUGAGCAGCAAAUGGAGGAGUUUGAAGAAGAGCAAAGGAAAAUAAAGCAAAUGCAAAGCGAUAUCGAGGGCCAGAUGAAUCUCCCCAGGAGUAGCAAUGGUACCAGUAGCCCUGCAGUUUUGACCCCUGAAGAAAAAGCUGAGGCAGAUUCUCGCUCCGUGUACAUUGGGAACGUUGACUACAGUGUAACUGCUGAAGAACUCGAGAAACACUUUCAUGGGUGCGGUUCAGUAGCACGUGUAACUAUUCUGUGUGAUAAAUAUACUGGUCAUCCAAAAGGAUUUGCGUAUGCAGAAUUCGCUGAUAAAGAAGGAAUGCAAAUGGCUUUAGCAAUGUCGGACAGCCUACUCAAAGGGCGGCAGAUUAAGGUGAUGGAAAAGCGCACAAACCGCCCUGGUAUUUCGACCACGAAUCGUCCACCGCGCGGACGCGGUUAUCGUGGGCGAGGUGGUUUUGGAGGAGCUCCUCCUGGCUACAUCAUUAAGUACGUCCCAGUGGGUGGAUAUCGCCCGCGUGGGGCGCGUGGUCUCCGACGUCCACGUGGAUUCCUUCCUUACACGUGA